AUGCAGAAAAUGUACGGCAGUAUUGCAGAGGAAAGCAGGGCUGACUGGUCAGAGGAGCUUGAAAAAGGUGAAAAAGGGUUUGGCGAUGGCACAUUUUCUUAUGGACUCGUCGACACGGACGAUAUGACUAUGUCGAGCUGGAUUGGGACGGUUCUCGGGCCUCCGCAUAGUGUGCAUGAGAACCGGAUUUACAGCAUACGUAUACACUGUGGCGAAGAGUACCCAGAAAGAGCGCCAUCUGUGUAUUUUGUGUCAAAAAUUAAUUUGCCGUGUGUGGAUGGAGAGACGGGGCGAGUGGAGCCGAGGCAGCUUCGGUGCCUGGCAGAGUGGCGGAGUGAGCAUACACUCGAGACAGUGCUGAUGGAGCUGCGGCGGUAUGUGCAAUGA